UCUAGUAUCCUACAAUACAGCCUCGCCAAAAUUCAAAUCCACCUUCUACUCGGAUCCUAAAUAUGAGUCUCUUCACAGCUUGACCAGUCGUACAAGCAGUGAGAACGAACUUGAAAUAAAAAGACUCGAGCAAAUUUCUCCACUUAAAAAUGACAGAUUUGGGACUCCUGAAAAGCCUCGAAGAGAGCUAGAUAUGUCUCAAUUCCAAAGUUUCACUUGUGAGAGGCCUAUAUCGGCCUCGGUGAUGCUUCUAUCCAACGUUUUGGGCACUUUAGAGCAGAAAGAAAUUAGAUUAGCCUUUGAAAAUGUCAAAUAAAGUGGCUGAAUUCCAAGCUAAAAAUCAAAAGAAAUUAGACAAAAUGGAAAACAGGCUUCUUAUGCGUACUGUGCUGGGAAAUUUAAGGGAAUUUUUACUCAAGAAGAACCAAUUGAGUGGCCUUAAGAAGCAAUUUGAAGCAAAGAUGAGUAGCAAGCAACUGCAAAAGUGAUUCAGAGUUAUGAAGGAAGCCAUAGGAGUGGGUUACGAUAAAGCAGAAGAAAGAUUAGAAGAAGCUAGAGAAGAGAAAGCUCUAAGUUUCAAAUUUCAGUCCUUAGAAAAGCUGCAAUCUAAAGAGGAAAAAUGAGGGUGUAUUGGCUCAAGACCUAAAAGUAUAUCAUAUUUCCAAGGAUUAGACCUGCAAAGUAAAUUUUAUCACAAGAGACCUAUAAUUAUACCAAAAUUCUGAGUGGUGAACCCUAAUCCUCACCAUCUGGAGUUUAAGACCCAUAUGAAUAAUUUUAGAAAGACAGAGAAUUCAUACACAGAAAGACUUGAAAAGUCUUAUAAAAUUGAUUCAGUUUUUUCUCAGAAUUUUGACAACAGAAAGAAGAGCAAAUUUAAUCUUGACCAGAAAAUGGCACAGCAUAUUCGCUCUGUGAGACAAAACAAGGAUCUUUCUUCUCACAAGAAAGUGUUUGAAAUCGCUCCAAAAGAAGAGAAUUAUCUUCUCAACGAAAUAAUAGAGCACAUACUACAAACAAAGCAUAAAACUAGAGUACAAUGGUACAAAAUCAGGCCUGGAUUUCCUAAGACUAGCUUCCAUCGGGAGUCGACUCCUUCUCGCUACAGUAGGCCUGAUAUUAUCUUGCCAAAACCAGAGCAGAAGAGGUCUCAGAGUACUUCUCAGAACAACUACAGGACACCAGUGAUCAAGAAUGCUGAAGAGCUAACCCAUACCCAUCAGAAGAGAAAGCUUCCUGACAUUUGAUGGGACACAGAGAAGCUUAAUAAAGAAACCACGAGCAUCUUGUUUGACAAGAAGGUCCAACUAAGCACUAGUGGAAACAAACUGAGCUCUCGAAGAUACGAAUCUUGUACAAAGGAAGACUACUCUAGUGAAGAAAUUGAUUCUAAAAUCAUUAAUUUCAGUCCUGAGAACCUAUGCAAAAAUAGUGUUGAAGGGAGGGAACGCUUGCUUCACCCUAUAGCUGAUAAGUACCUUUCAAAUGUUUCCUCACAUCAAUCCCUUAAGAUCAAUAACAGCGAGUUAGAACUGAUAUCAAGUAAUGACUAUAAGAAGGAGCAGGCCGUUCAGUUGGAACUAAAGUACAGUGAUGCUUUCUCAAGUUCCAAAGUAACUCCAAAGAACCUAUCUGAAGAAUUCAACUGCACUCAGAGAUCUCUAAAGGAAUUUUUCCAGACCCAAGGACAGAUGAAAGGAGCUAAUACCUCAAAGAUCUCUAAACUGAUAGAACAAGAGAAGAAACGCAGACUUGAAGAAGAAGAGAAAAAGGAGAAGGCCAAGAAGAGGAAAAUAGGUCCGAAUAAGACAUCUGUCGGAAAAAAAGGAAAGAAGGAGACUAAGGCAAAGCCUAAGGGUAAGAAAAACAAGAAUGAAGGAAUCAAGCUGAAUAUCAACCCUAAAAAUGAGCAUCCAAAGUCAAGGAAUAGCACAAAAGUUGGAGCUUCAAACACAGUUCAGAAAACAGCAGCUGCUACUCUUCAGUUAUCAAGGAUGAAUACUUUCAGUGUUGGAGAUGGAAGUGCUUGUGAUGCCGAUACGAAAGAAGAAAUUAAUGUUGAAGAACGCAUUGAGAAUUUACUUAGCUUUGCAAGAAAGGAGGGUCGAGCAACCGAAAGUACUAGACAAAGCAAAAAUUUCAAAAAACGCUUAAAGCACUUAGAAGAGACUAAAGAGAACAUAACUCCACUCACACAUACCCAAAUUCCAAAAUUCAAAAACCUGCCAAUACUUUCCACCAAGAGCAACGUCAAAGUCCUCGAAAACCCCAAAACCCAAGGAAAUCUCCCCAGUCUGCCUCCAGAACUCAACCUUCAAGAUUCCAUUUUUGACAAGCCCAAAAUUCUAAAUCCCUCAACUACAAAGAACAAGAAGCCUAAGAAGGCAUUCAGGAGAUGCCGUAUUGCCUAAGCCCCAUUUCAGUG